AGGAAAAAAAGAAAAGAAAAGAAAAGAAAAAUGGCUCUAUGGCUUGCAAAAUCAAGAAACACCAUCACAAAUUUUCUCAAAACGAAGACUUUUUACUUUCAUGAGAUUGCUCUCAAUAAUAAUCAGGGGUGCAGGGGAAUUAAUUUCUGGUUUCAUGCAAACUCUGCUUCUUACAAGACAUUAGCUGUUGGUUUUAGCAGAAACCCAUGUGGGUCGCGGGUCGAGUCGACGGCCUUCCGGGUUUUCCGGCGGCCGGAGUCAGCCAGAGCCGGCGAGCAAGUCGAAGCUGUAGCAUACACUGAUUAUGUUGAUAGUGAUAAUGAUGAGGAUGAUGAAAACCAGAUGCUUUGCAUUCAUGAUUCUCUCUAAAGAAGAAAGAAAGUGAAAAGAACCACAUUUUCAUGUGUGAUUCUAAUGAUAAAAUUAAAAUUAUUUAGCAAAAUCAGCAAAGUAGCCAUUAUAUAGUGUGUGGAUUCAAUGCAAUAGGUAAAAGCUAAAAGCUAGUUCAGUUAACGAGCCAGACUCGGCUCAUUUCGUCUCGGCUUGAAGAUAAGAAUUGUACUAUAAUAUUCUAUAUUUCGGUUUGUUAAGGUUCGAGCCAGACUCGUUAAUAUGGGUAAACAUGCAAAGUUCGACUCGUUAAUAUGGAUAAACAUGUUGAGCUCGAGCUUGACUACUGAUUCGGUUUAGUGAAUUUGAGGUGUAAAGUUUACAUGUAAUUAUGUAUUUCUGUUAUUGUACUAUAUAGUUUAAAAUUUUUAAAAUUGAUUAACAAAUUCAACAAUUGAAUCGAGGAUCCCGGAGGCCAGCUCGGGCUAACCGAGGUUGGGGAUUGAUAUUUUUUUUACUUUUUUUCCUUAUUUAUGUCUUGAUUGAUCCAGUUGACUCACUUGAUUGCCUUAAAAAAAGUAGCAGGGGCUGGAUUUUCCUGGUGGAAAAGUCGCAUUUACCAUCCAAAUGAGGUUCAUUUCAGAGUCCCCUGAAAAGAGGGUGCCCUGUUAUAGGGUUCUUGAUGAUGAUGGCUAUAUAAUUCCUGGCUGCACAUUUGAAAAGGUGGACAAAUCAACUGCAGUGAAGAUGUACAAAAGCAUGGUGACCCUUCAAAUAAUGGACAUUUUCUUUUACGAAGCACAAAGACAAGGAAGGCUCUCGUUUUACAUGACCUCAUCCGGUGAGGAAGCCGUUAAUAUUGCAACGGCUGCUGCACUUUCGUCCGAUGAUGUUGUAUUACCUCAGUAUCGUGAGCCGGGAAUUCUCUUGUGGCGCGGUUUCACGCUAGAACAGUUUACGAACCAAUUGUUCGGAACCAAAUAUGGCAGCGACAAAGGCAGGCAAAUGCCGGUACAUUACGGUUCCAAGCAGCACAAUUACUUGACCGUUUCAUCACCCAUCGCAACACAGCUUCCUCAAGCUGCUGGAGUUGCUUAUUCCUUGAAAAUGGAUAACAAGGAGGCGUGUGUCGUGGCUUUUAUGGGUGACGGGUGCACGAGCGAGGGCGAUUUUCAUGCGGGACUGAAUUUUGCAGCGGUUAUGGAAGCCCCGGUUUUAUUCGUGUGCCGUAACAAUGGCUAUGCCAUAAGCACCCCAACAUCCGAACAAUUCCGAAGCGAUGGUGUGGUUGUUAAGGGCCAAGCUUAUGGAAUUCGUAGCAUCCGAGUCGAUGGAAACGACACUCUCGCUGUCUACAGUGCAAUUCGAGUGGCUCGGGAAAUGACCAUUCGCGAACACAAGCCGGUACUAAUCGAGACCCUCACUUACCGAGUGGGCCACCACUCGACAUCCGAUGACUCGACCAAAUAUAGACCGUCUAACGAGAUAGACCACUGGAAAAAAGCUCGAGACCCAACUAACAGAUUCAGAAAAUGGGUUCAGAAAAACGGGUGGUGGACUGACGAGGAUGAAAACGAACUUCGUUCGAGCACAAGAAAACAGGUGUUGAGCGCGAUUCACGAGGCGGGUAAAACCGAGAAACCUUCGCUCGAGGAAUUGUUUACGGACGUUUAUGAUCGUGUGCCGUCGAAUUUACGCGAGCAAGAGAAAUGGCUUAGGGAAUUUGUUGUGAAAAACAAGCAAGAUUACCCUGUUGAUGUGCCCUUGUAGGUAAAAAAGAACAAUGUGUAGACAAUACAUGAUAAAAAAUACAGUUUGAACAAUGUAUAAAGGAUGUUAAAAUGUUGGUUGAUCACUUGCCUUUACUUUUUAUCAUUGCAUUAUUCUUGGCUUGUUUGAUCAUUCCCUUAAGUCAUGAUAUUCUAUAUGAGUUUGUAAUAUGAACUAUAUACUAUCAUCAUU